AUGUUUACGACCAAGCUUGUAGAGGCAACCUCAGGCUCUGUUACUACUGGCCGACACCCGCCCGGACCGGAUAGAUACACGAAGCAGACAAGCGAGAAUAAGACGCUGCCAAGGAUUAACAGCUUUGUGAUCCGCGUUAUCCAGCCCAGGCACUCGGCAUCGACCAAGCAAGCGAGCCUGGCGUUCGACGAAAGCCGAAACUUGCAGCAAGCAGGAAGCAGUAAGAACCAGCAGCAAGAAUUCAAACACAGCACACCUGGCCGAAUUCUCCCCAAAAAAAUAAAGAAAGGGUCUCUCCAAGGACCACCAAGCCGGCAAUUUCCCUUCCCCGAACAGGUUUCCGAAGAGACAGCUGUACUAGCGUCUUCUAGGAUCACAGUGCGUGUUGUACUAGUUAGAACUGCUGAACAGAAUCCCACGGCUCUCUCCCCACCCCUCUCUUGGGAUUCUUGGGAUUGUCCCCCUACCUGUUCAACCCACUCCUCCUUUUCAUCAUCCUCCUCCUUCUCCGCUCUCAAAGUUUCCCUCACCCCACGAUCGUUCCCUCAAUCUCGAUCAUCAUCUUCAUCCAACACUUUUACCUACUCACCCUACAUUUUAACUCUGCAUCAAUCAUAA